ACAAAGUAAACUCUGCCUUUACCUUUUCAAUUAUCCAACAUUAAUAUAUGUAUAUACAAAGAUGGCAGGCAAUUUUCGAAAUAAAAUCAUAAAUAAAAAAACUUUAUUGAAGCCAAAGGAGACGACGACGACCACGAUGCCAAUGUUGAUGAUGACUACUACUUCAGCAUCAUCGUCUUCGACAUCGACUACUUCACUACACACAACUCACCAAGAGCGACAUUUCAGUGAUUUAAUUAAAGUGACCCAAUUGCUAUCUAGUGCUGAUACGACAAUGAUGACGACGAAAACGGAUGAUAAAGAUUAUUAUAAUUAUGAUGACUGCAGCGAUUUGAAUAGUAUGAAUGAUAUGGAUGAUGAUGAGUUUAUAAAUAUACCAGAUCAAGCCACAUAUAUGGUGCAUAUUAAGAAUUUACCAAAUGAUGCCACUGUACAAGAGAUACGUCGAAUAUUUGCAAAUUAUAAUAUACGAUCUUUGAACUCGGCUGGCAGUUCGGCCUAUAUUGAGAUUGAGAGUCGUGAGGAAGUAAUUAAACUUCUCAAACUGGAUGAGCCCAUGUGCCGUGGUCGACGGCUUUUCAUCAAUAUUAUUGACAGAUUUGCUGGCGGUGAUUCAUCAAAGACCGCAAAUGAAAACAAAAAUAACCACCACCAGAUUGAAACCAUUGACACCUACCAAACCGCAGACACCCACAUACCCAUUCCAACUAUUACCAUAGACACAUCCACAUCCACAUCCACAGACACAUCCAACUCCCAACUCCCGACUUUAGUUGACUCCAACAACAUAUGCAAUAAGUCCUGGCUGGAGAAUCACAAAUCGGAAACACCUCAAUCCUCAUUAGAAAUGUUCUCCAUUGAUGUCAAGCCAAGCAGCAUUGAGGAACUGGAGAAACGUAUGCAAUUGCGUUUGCAAAAAUUGUGCGAAUUUGAGAAUGCCGAAACUUUGCGUAUGGAGAAAUUGUCAGCGAUGAUGAAAAAACCAAAUGAUUCCACAGACCCCAACAUCAUGCAAGAGGAUGAUGAACAGGAAAUCGAAAAGGAACAGGAGCAACAGCAAAAGCAAACAGAUGAAUCAAUAACUCCCAUGUCCUGGCGAGAUUUUUGUAAGCAGCAAGGACUUUAAGUACUUUGCCGUUUUAUUUCUUUGUCCAUUAAAUAAAACGCAUAUGAAGAGCAUAA